ACCAAAUAUAAGCAAUAACACAGAAAAUCUUUAUUUAGACUAAAGGAUACGAACCAUUGAAUAUAGCAUUACAUCUAUUAUUGAAGUGAUUUUUUGUUACUUUUUUCUCAUACAUAGGGAGUAAUGUUACAGACGUUCGUAUCGUUAACACUAUUGUGUUGUAUUAGUGCCACUUAUUACGGAGACUAUGAGUACGGAUUCAAUAAGUAUUUCAAUGGACUUAAAAAGCAAGGGAUAGGGUCUUACAAUUCCGGUGGAUAUCUACCCAACUCUUAUGGACAGGGAUAUGGCGACCAGGGAUAUGGAUAUGGAUAUGGACAGGGAUUUGGAUAUGGGCACCACAACCCGUACCCAUACAAGCGGUUUUCGAUCAUCAAACGCCUGCCCCCCAUAUAUAAGGACGUCAAACAGCAUGUAUAUGUCGAACAGCCGGUUAUUAUUCGCAAAGUACCGGUGAUUCACAAGAAAAAGGAAGUGACGGUUGAGAAACAACCGCCCAUUUAUGACAUUAACCCUAAGCCUCAUGUGGUGGAAAAGGAUGUCGGCGUCGGUGGCUAUAAACCUAUGGGUGGUGUGGAUAUGGAGGGCAAGGAUUUCGUGCCGAUGGUCGAAUACGAGCACAAAAUGCCCGGAUAUAUGCCCGCCGUGGACGGUAUGCCGGGUGUGGCUGUCGAUGAGGGCGUGAAACAGGAGAUGGAAAAGGAGGAGGAAAUGGAUGAGCAUAGAGGCCAUAGGGAUGUCGGUGUCGGUGAGGGAAAGGGUGUCAUAGAGGAGAAAGAGGUGAUGAUUGACAUGAAGGAUAAGAAACUACCGGUGCCUGAGAUGGGCGGUGACGGAGAUGAGGGUUUCGGUGACUUUAAUCCCAAAGACUUUGAGUUGCAGUCAAAGGAGAGUAAGAAUUAAGGAUUAGUUUUAAGUCUGUUUUUGUGUGUAUUUUGAAUGAAUUAAUUGAAAAUAAAAAACAAUUAAACAAGUCC